CUUUCAGAUCUCACCCUUCAGACAUCAGUCUCUAGUUCCACGUUCAAGAUGACAAGUGUUCAAGAAACCGUUUCUCCAUCUGAGAAACAUAUUCAAGAAGAAUCUACGGAUUAUGAAAGCCUUUUUAAUAACUCUCUCUGGAUUACUAACCCUGACUUGACCCAGCCGGCGUCGGAAACUAAGGCUGCUGAAGUUAUUGAAGAGCCCCCCUCGCAGCCAAAAUCACUCAGCCAUGGGGAGAGGAUUAAGGAGCUAAAAUUUCUUCUGAAAGAUUCACAGCUCAAGUACCAAAAAGAGAACAUUCAAGCUGCCAUUAAAUAUCACGAGACGUUCAAACCGGAAGAGCAGUGCGGCAGCAAGAAAGCCUUCUUCAAACACGGCUCUCAAGUGGAAGAAGAAGAGUUCAAACAUCCUCAGGCAUGCAACUGCAUUGGUGGAUGGGCGGAGCCCCCUUAUGAAAAUCCGUGGUGUAAAAUCAUUGACGAGAGAGUUGAUGAUUCUAACCAACGUGUCCCUGAAGAAAUUGAGGCUAAGGCCGAAAAGAAAAGGGAAAAAGAACUCCGUGAGCUUAAUAAGAACAUGCUCCAUGGGUUGGGAAGCUCGAUGUUUAAGCCCUUUCGCCGAUUGACUAAGGCAGUUCGGAACUAAUUCAGAACUUCGAAUACAUAGCCCUGAGAAUUCGCUUAUGCCGGUUUAGCAUUGCUUUAUUCACACCAGAUUUGCACGAUGAUACCUCUUGGAUAAUUGCUCUUAGUUAGUUAGGUGGUAUUAGUAUUGAAUGAAAACCAUGUCUGCUGCCGGUCGUUUGCUGCUGGGUAAUAUCGGGAUAGAGUCGGAUCUGAAACUACUCCGUCUUGUCUGUUCCUACCACCACCAUUAACCUAACCACGCAUCACCUUCAUCCUAUCUUCUAGUUCCAUUAGCGUGCAACCAUUUUCAUUAUCUGUCAUGCCUUACGAGUGAGCUGUAUAAUACACCCGCUAGGUAUAGUACUUUGACGAAGUCGAAU